ACUUUGCGGGUGGAAAGAAACUUGAACCCUCUCCCCAAAGCCAUCACCGACUUCCUGCAAUUUCUCAGAACUCUUCAUCUUUCAUCAUCUUGCAACCCGAAGUUUUCGAUAUCCUUACUUCUUCCUUCGCAACAAUCAUCAAGAGCUACUCGCUUGGGAAUCGGGCAAGAUGAAGCUCCCGACGAUCUACAAUGUCCAGCUGGUCGCCAUCAUCGCGACCCUGGGUGGCAUGCUGUUCGGCUUUGACAUUUCGUCCAUGUCCGCCAUCGUUGUGACCGACCAGUACAUUGAAUACUUCAACAACCCGGCGAAUGUGAUCCAAGGUGCCAUCGGUUCUGCUCUGGCCGCCGGCUCCGUGGUCGGUUCUGCCAUCGCCGGCCCGCUCUCUGACAAGAUCGGCCGCCGCGACUCCAUCAUGUUUGCCUGCCUCUUCUGGCUGAUCGGAACCUCCGUCCAAGUCGCGUGCCAGAACGUCGGCACACUCAUCGCCGGGCGCGUGCUCAACGGCUUCACGGUAGGCAUCACGUCGUCGCAGGUGCCCGUGUACCUGGCCGAGAUCGCCAAGGCCGAGAAGCGCGGCUCGCUCGUCAUCAUCCAGCAGCUGGCCAUCGAGUUCGGCAUUCUGAUCAUGUACUUCAUCGGCUACGGCUGCGCGUCCAUCGAGGGCCCGGCGUCGUUCCGCACCGCGUGGGGCACGCAGUUCAUCCCCUGCUUCUUCCUGAUCCUGGGCCUGCCCUUCCUGCCGCGGUCGCCGCGCUGGCUCGCCAAGGUCGGCCGCGACCAGGAGGCCAUCCAGACGCUGGCCAGCAUCCAGGCCGGCGGCAACAUCGACGAUCCGCUGGUCAUUGCCGAGUGGGAGGAGAUCCAGACCGUCAUGCUCGCCGAGCGCGAGGCCGGCCAGGGCUGGAGGAAGUUCUUCCAGCGCGGCAUGUGGAAGCGGACGCUGGCGGGCAUGUCGGUCCAGGCGUGGCAGCAACUCGCCGGCGCCAACGUCAUCGUCUACUACCUGACCUACAUCGCCAGCAUGGCCGGCCUGACGGGCGACGUGGCCAUGGUCACGUCGGGCAUCCAGUACGCCGUCUUCAUCAUCUUCACGGGCGUCAUGUGGCUGUUCAUCGACAAGACGGGCCGGCGCACGCUGCUGAUCUGGGGCGCGCUGGGCAUGGGCUUCUGCCACUUCGUGGUGGGCGGCGUCAUGGGCGCGCACUCGCGCUACGUGCCCGGCGGCGUCGGCAACCCGCCCAACCACAACAUCGUCAUCGCCGUCACACCGGGCGCGCCCGCCAACACGGUCAUGACCUUCUCGUACCUGCUGAUCGUCGUCUACGCCCUGACCUUGGCCCCGGUCUGCUGGAUCUACGCCGCCGAGGUGUGGUCGCUCGGCACGCGCGCCACGGGCAUGUCCAUGGCCGCGCUGAGCAACUGGGUCUUCAACUUCGCCCUGGGCAUGUUCACCCCGCCGGCCUUCGUCAACAUCACUUGGAAGAUCUUCAUCAUCUUCGGCGUGCUCUGCGUCGCCGCCGCCGCCUGGUUCUUCGUGCUGUGCCCGGAGACGUGCGGCAAGACGCUCGAGGAGAUCGAGCUGCUCUUCUCGCCCGACGGCCCGCACCCGUGGAACACCAAGAAGGGCGACUCGCGCCUAGUGGCCGAGAUUGAGGCCGUGGCCGCGAGGCAGAGGAAGGGAGAUGAGGCCGGCGUGCAGCCGGAGCCUGUUGUCGAGGCCUCGGAGAAGGUUUAGGAGGAGGUGCGGGAUGCGACAGACCUUUUUCUCUUUUGUAUUCACAUCACAUGAGACAUGAGGUGGUGUUUUCGGAGUUGAUGCGGGAGCCUCAGGAUAGAUGAACCGGAUGAUGGGGAAUCUGAGCUCUUUUUACUGACGAACCCCUCAGUCACGAGACAUCGUGUGUGUGCCUGCGUGACCUGAUGAGCCCCUGAGUUGCAUGCUCCCAGCGUCGCCAAAUCUGUGAUUCAACGCCAAGAAAACUCCCGGCAUUUUAGUGUAUGUCGUGGAAUAAGAGGAAA